AAAAAUGCAUUUUUACAGGAUUUUACACGAAAAGUAUUGGAUCAGAGCUCUUGAUUCGCUGGAAAACGAACGAAUGGUAAGCAAAUCAAGGAAAACAACGAAAACCGAACCACACCCCGCUAACACCCCUCUCCCAAUGGACAGACCCUGUUGCAGUUGCGAACUUCCUGGGCCUCCCCUUAGCUGAACCAGACGAGGAGGUGCACUGUUAAACUGAAGGUAUUCCAAAACGAAGAAUUUCCCUAUCGAUCCAACUGAUCAAGUAAUCACGCAUCAUGAAUACUCCCAAUUGUUAACUCUCGUGUUUCUAUUUUGACAUAUUUAUCUUAAUUCUCCUUUCAUGUUAUUUUCGCGCGCCAAUAAGCCGGCACAUGUGAAGCGCAAAAUUGCGUUUUUCACGAAAACCCAUAGCUUGUUUUUGUUUAUCAUAUCGUCUAGAACAGCAUAUUUUAACAAAACAAAAGUGUAAAUCAGGGGCAAAGUCAUGGCCACAUUAAUUGAACAAAUGCUUGGCAAAAUGGGUCUGCGCGAUGAGCCCAGCAUGCAAAGCAAAACGCUGGAACUACUGCGUCUGCUAGAGUUGCGUUCUGCCAAUGUUCCAUUGCAGCUAAAUGAAUAUGCAAAAACUGUGUUGUGUGUGGAUGUUGCUGCCGAGCUGGUCGGCAUAGCUUUUGAUAUGGAACAAGCUCUCAAGCUAUCCAGUUUACGCAAAUCGCAUUACACAAAACAUAAGAGAAUGAUUGAAAAAUUAUUGGACCUGAAUAAAAUUGUUGGAGUGAAUGAUAUCUGCGUGCAAUUAAAUAUGACCGAAGUUUCACAAAAGGCCAACGAAUUGUUGGAACUGUAUAAAACUGUUAUGAAAGAAGAAAGUGCUGGUGACGAAAACGAUUUGAUACAUCCUCAAUAUGCAGCGAUGGCUGUUUUUCAGGCUGCUAAAAUGUUAAAGCAUAAAGUCUCCAAAUCAAAAAUAUUGAGCUUUAGUAAUUUGCGUCCAACACAGUGGCAACAGCUCGAACUGCGAUGGAAUAAAUUUUUGACCAAACAUUACAAGGACAAAACCGAUAAGAAGCUAAAGACGCGUCUAGUAGAAUUAAUUGAAGAUAGCGAAAACUCUGUAGCCAACGCAAAGUGUUGUGGUGAUAGUACAAAAAGAUCGGCCCCUGCUGUGGAAGAUUACGAAAAAUGGAAGAAACGAAUUUUACAUAUGGCAGAAGAGCAGUUGAAAGAACAACUUAAUGAAAAAGAAAACAACGAUUUGGAUAAGGAAAAUAUCAUUUUAGGACUGUAAAAUAAAAGCUUUCAAAUACUUAAAUAUAAAACGCGUUUGACGCACAAAUUUUGAUUAUUUUAAAGAUAUC